AUUUGUUAGAUUUCAUUUUCAAGUCUACUCGUACGUUAAGACAUUGGCCAUACAAUACUGAUGACGGCGGGACCAGUUUCCAAAUUCUUCAAAAUAAGAAUCUGAGGAUAAUUAAUCUUACGGUUGAAAAUUGGUGUCGUAUUCGUAUAUGGUUAAUCAAAUUCUUACGUAUAUAUACCGACAUCGUAUGGUCCCAAAGAUUGAGAUACUUCGAUAAAAGGCAAAAUUGAUAAACUACAAGAACUCUAGUUUGUAUAGAUUAUGAGUUAAGACUACGUGUUUUUUUUUUUUCAUUUUGUAAUUUAGGUAGGCUGCUAGCAAGUUAGAUGUGUUACCCUUUCGUUUCGGUUUAUUGCAUUUGCAUAUAUUCUAUUCUCCUAGUUUUUGAAAGAAAAAAAAAUUGAUUGACAAUAUUGCAAUGGUAUAUGCAAUUAUACAUGAGAUAUAUCUUCACAUACGACUAGCAGACUUGAACACUAAAUAAUAUUUUGAUAAACAUAUAUGUUUCUCAACAUUUCAAUUAUUAAAAGUUUAUCAUGACUAAUAUGAUGAAUAGUUAACUGUAGGAUUACACGCCUUUACAAUUAUUAAAGCUCAAAUUAAAUGUAUGACAUGAUCCUUCACGAGUCUUCUACCGUCUGCAGUACCAUUUUUGAGUUUAUAUUCCUUUUUUUUUUUGCAUGGCUCCACGAGAUUGGGAAAGGAAGACAAAAAUCACCGCCUCAAAUUAUAUUACAAAAAGAGGGCAGAUUGUGUUCAGAUCUUGAUCGAGUAAAGAUUCUCUUUAUAGCUUUGAAGCUUCUACAAGUUGUUUUUGCUAAAAUAAGGUUUAAAAUGUCGGCUUAUGCGCAUCAGAUGGAGAGAGAACUCUCAGGUCUCACCAGCCGAGGCAAUUCCGAGAUGGGAAGUCGGUUUUCGAUAGAUUCAGGAUGUUACAUGACAUCUUUGGCAGCUACCAUCUUCAUUGCUUCUCUUGUGACAUUCGGAGUCUUGAUGGUUACACUUCUUAUAGCUAUAUCAACCAUGUUACAAAGCUGCGAAAACAAAAACUCUGGAAUCAUCCAGGUUCAACGAAGACUUGUUGUUGAUGAUGAGAGUUUGAGUUACUGCAGAAUCUUGUCUCUACACUCUAACCUCAACAGCUUGGAUGAAGAAGAGUUACCGUUGUUAUGUAGAGACGUUGCUUUACAAAGAAUCAAACAAGGAAUCUACUUGAGAGAGUUGAACUUUACUAUUCAAAUGGUUCUCACUUACUUCAAGACCAUCAAACCAGGGAAUGAUAACCGGGAUGUUGUUGUGAUGGAUAUUGAUGACAUCAACCUGAUAAAACAAGAGGUUUACAUUGAAGAAGCAAAGCAUCAGAGAAGCAAACUAAUACUUGAACUAUACUCUAAGCUAAGAUCACAAGGCUAUUCAAUGGUUCUUUUAUCAAGAAACUCCACAGCUGAGCAGUUAAAAUCUAGAGGAUACAGUGAUUGGUCCGGUUUGAUCAUGAGGGAAGAUGCAAGACAGAAGGAAGAGUUGGAAAGAGACUACCGCAUAGUUGGAGUCAUUGGUAAUCACAUGGAUGUGUUAACAGGCCAGAGGAGCUGGCAAAGCAAGCGUCUGUUCAAGCUUCCAAGUCUUACCUAUAAUGAUAUCUUUGGAUUACAGUGAAAUAUCAUGGGAGUUUUUUUUUGUUGUGCAGUGACUCUACUUUUCAUACUUCAAAUGUGCAUAGGUUUUCAAGAGUUUCUGUGUUAUAGAUCUUAUACCAUUCAUAGAUAAGGUACAUAUUGUGUUAUGAACGAAGAAAUUCACAAUCUCCUACACUCAUAUUUAUAGUAGUUUCAAAAUCCGAUUUUA